AAACUGAGAACAUGUGAUGUAAGCAAAGACCCAAAAUUGACAUCUGCCAUGAGUCAAAUGUUGGUAGAGUACAAUCGUGCUGCAUACAUGAUUUUAUUUAUCUUUUUGUGCCCACUUGCAGCAUUUCUAGCCAAUAAUAGUUGAAUACCUCUGGUAUGUUCCCCUCUAUUGAUUUUCAUUAGAAGCCAAAAACGUCUAUCUGAAUACUGCCUAUGACGCUAAAUCAAAAGAAUAAAAAUACUGUGUCUGUUGCCUGUUUCUAAAAUGUAUAUUUGUUUGUUUUUUGGAAUUGAUAGUUGAAACCCUUGCCUAUCCUCAGCAUGUGUGCCUUUCAGGGUGCGGGGAUGCUGCCGGUGGAGCAUCUUCACCUGGAACAUGUUCUGCAGACUGUGUGUGUGUUGGAGUCAGUCGUCCGCCGCAGUUUUGGCCCUGAAGGAGGACAGGUGCUGUUCACACAAGACACAGGUCGGGCCAUGUUGAGCCGCAGUGGGGCUCGCAUUCUCACUGCACUACGACUGGAGCAUCCACUGGCCAGGAUGGUGGUGGAGUGUGUCUUGAAACACAGCACCGUAACAGGUGAUGGGUCCAAGACAUUCAUACUGCUGAUGGCGUCAUUACUACGGAUAAUUCAUACAACGGCCUGCAAGGAGUCUAAUGUGUCUCACGCCUAUAACUCCAAGGCAGCAGCAGAGGCGGCCGCUGCCAGGCACUUGGCUGACAAAAUGCUGGCAUUUGCAUUGGAGGAGCUGCAUGAUCUCAUUGCCGUAGGAGUGGUCCCGUAUGGAAGCUGUCUUUCUUGGGAGGAUUUUACGACACCAACACAAUUAAAGGCGCACACAAACAAUCACUGUGUUCAAAAUCUGCUGGCGUCCUUCUUUCAUUCACGUCUGGGUCGCGCCCACUGUGACUUAAUGAGCAACCUCACCUGUGAGCUGCUCACUCACUGGAAGUUUGAAAAUGACAUACCUUCCUCGUCACUUCACUUUGUAAAGGACAACUUGGCUGCCUUGCAUACGCCUGUGUCAGGCUUCCCUAUUAGUUGUUCCCGUUUGAUUAAGGGGCAAGUCAUUCACAGGGACUUUGCUGCACCCUGCCCUCAGACUGACCACCAGCCAGUUAAAGCGGUCGUUUUCACUGGGUUCCUGCAGCCAAAAUUGCUCCGUGCAGAAGAAGUGCUGGAGCUGGGGUGCGGAGACGAAGGGAAGCAGAGAAACAUUGUGCAGUUUAGCGCCUGGGCAGAAAGGUCACUGGAGCGUGUCAUUGCGAACCUGCAGAGUUUGGGUGUCUCUGUGCUCCUGUCUGCAGUGAAACAGUCUGCGGCUGUCCUGGCUUUGGCUGCACAGGCAGAGAUGUCCAUUGUGGAGUGUGUCAGUGAAGACGAGCUGUCCCUCUUUGCCAGGCUAAGUGGGGCCACACCUGUCAGAGACUGCUGGAUGAUUGAACCAGAGCACGUUGCUACGCUGACCUUUUGCAGACCUAUACUGCUGGGAGCCCAUAGGUAUGUCCAUGUGGCUUUCCAUGAUUCAGAGGAAAGGGUGACGGUCAAACCCUGUAGUCUGGUCAUUUGUGGCCCGGGGGAAGGGCAAACUGACCAGUAUGCUUGUGCGCUUCGAGAUGCUAUCCGCAUGCUACUUUCAACUUGGGAGCCCAUGGGUGUCACUGCAACUACAGCAUCAGAGAGGACCCGGCAGUCAAACAAAAGCACAUCUUUACAUACGGACAAUCAGAUCCCCAAUGCAACUCUCUUCAAGCAGUGUGUGUUGGAGCCAGGCUGUGUUAUAGCUGCUGGUGGGACAUUUGAGUUUCUCCUAAGCCAUGCCCUCCUACAGCAUGGCAGCAGUUGCUCAAUUUGUGAUGACACAAUGAUGGGUGUCCCUGCUGUUUGCCAGCUCUUGGCAAAUGCUCUACUGAGCGUGCCACGACAGAUUUACUCCCACAGUCCACGACGUUUCCUGCUGACUCAAACCAGACUCCUGAGUUUUGUUCAAAAUCAUUCGCACCCUUUCAGCCUCGCACACAAACAAGAACACAACACAAUCCUCAUACGGGUCGGGGGUGAUCGUGAAUGUCCCCUAGAGGAAGGUAAACUAACCAAGUAUUGUUGUAGAGAAGCUGAUGUGUCACCAAAAGUUUUUAUGUCGGACUCGGGCCUUGAAUCUGUCUCCUGUAAAUACCAGGUACUUUUGGCCAUGCUGCAUUGCAUCUCAAGUGUUCUCCGGGUGGACACCGUGCUGCACACACACACUGCCUUACACACGCAGUCACACAGACUUCCUAACGCUUCCUGGGAGGGAACUGACGACGAGGCAGAAGACUGAGAUUGUAUUAUGUCCCAAGAUGAAAUCCAUGAACAUAUUUUCUCUCAACACUUACUCGGGUAUCAUUUGAAUAUAUUGUUAGAGCCGUUUUGUGUAUGUCCACAGUGUUUUUUUGUCUCUUCAAUAUAUUUGUAAUGCAAGUUUAUACUUCCACUGAGAUAGUAAACUACAUUUCAUGGCAGCACUGUUGUGUGGUUCACUUUAUUGGCAAAUAAAAUGUUAUGGUGCUUCUGUACCAACCUGUCCUGUAUCAAGGUUAGGUUCGGCAAUAACAGUGAAAAAAACAAAACAUCAAACAACCUAGUGUUGAUCUCUGUAUAGGACAGAAUGUGCUGUUGUUUUCAAAAUAUUUUGGUCUUUAUCUCCUGUGUUAAUGGGAAGUAGUGUGAGUGAGUAAAUGUGGAUGUUGGCCUCUUUCCUCCUGAGUUCUCAUUAGGUUCCUUUUUUUCCUCCACAUUUCUCUUUCUUAUCUCAGUUUCCUGCCCUCUUCCCCUCUUCCCCUGGCCAACACAUUGUGUUACAUAAAAGGCAUACGCACAGAACAAUAUGGAGACAUGGUCUCACGUAUAAACACACUCCUUUUUAUAAUCAGUGUUGUCUCUGUCGUGGGGAUGGGGUGUCUGGGAGGGCAACACCCAGCGAUCAACAACCAAAUCAAAGUGUACUUCCUUGCGAUACAAUCAGAAGAGGAACUCUUAACUCUAUUCUCGCCUUUUUUUGGUAAAAUAGUGAGUCACUAAAAAUGGCUAGAUUAACUAUCAUACAUAAUUGUGCACUGUUUACUGUAAUCAGUGUGUGCACCUAGUUUUAAACACAGAUUUUCCAGUUUAAUUGUGAUUGCAUUACUCAGAAACACAGACAGCUCAUGGCUUGAUUUGUGCUUUGAUCAAACUACAUGAGUCACACUUGUCGGUCCCAGAUAUCAAAGAGGGGGAAGCUGAGGGGAGUAUUCAGAAUGUUUUUCUUUCCCACCGCACACAAAGAGAAUAACCUGGAGGUUGUUUUCAGUCUUAUCAAGGCCCCUACGCCCUCCUAACCCUUACAUGAUCCCUAUAUCCUACACAGCUAAAUCUAACAUACCGAGCAGACAAUCUGAUAAUGCAUCAAUCUAAUAGUGAAGAUUUUUCUUUCUAGUUAAUGAACUUUACUCACUGACCUUUUGAGAAUAGGCUUAAUGAAACAUUACAGCUCAUUUGUCUCUUUUACUGUGUGUGUGUGUGCGUGUGCGCGUGAGUGAUUGCGUGCCAUAAUAUAAUCCCUCAGAGCCGACUCAGUCAGUACAUUUUGGUUUAUUUGGUUCUCAUUAAUAUUUAUCUCUGUGAAACAUAGUGUAUAUGGUAUAAACCAACCCAAUCUCUGUAAAAUAAAAAGAACAUUAUAAAAUACAAACCACAUAUUAAACCACAUGUACUAUGU